GAUUGCGGCGAGAAUGAGGAGUACAACGAGUGCGGCACACGUUGUGGUCAGGCCUGCGAAGAGUUGGGUCGACGGGUUGUUUGCUCUAAGAGACGAAUCUGCAUUAGCGGGUGUUUCUGUGUGGAGGGCUUUUUCAGAAACGAUGCGGGCGUUUGCGUACCAAUGCUGGAGUGCCCGUCCAUAUCGCCGCCCAAACGGGCGCCGCCCAGUUGUGACGCCAACGAAGACUAUAAUGAAUGCGGCCAUCGAUGCGGUCAGUCGUGCGAAGACUUCCACAGCAAGAAACAGUGUCCCGCAAAACAGUCCUGUGUUUCCGGUUGUUUUUGUAAUAACGAUCACAAACGUGACCACAACGGAGAGUGCGUUUCCGAAGACAAGUGUCCGGCGCCUCAAAAGGACGCCAAGAGUGACGUGAAGUGCAGCGCGAAUGAGCACUACUCGGACUGCGGCUCGCGUUGCGGUCAGGGGUGCGAAGACUUGGCGCACCCGACGCUGUGUCCGAAGAACAAGAUGUGUGUUUCCGGCUGUUUCUGUUUGGAUGGCUUCCACCGCAACGAAGUGGGAGAUUGUGUGCCGCACGACAAGUGUCCGGUCAUUCCGACCGACACCACCCGACCCAAGGAGUGCGGAGCCAACGAAGUAUUUACCGAUUGCGGCACUCAUUGCGGCCAAAAGUGCGAUGAGUUGGGUCAGGGGGUGUUGUGUCCGCGCAAACGGCUCUGCAUUCGGGGCUGUUUUUGUAAGAAAGGCUUCUUCAGGGAUGUGAACGACGAUUGCGUUCCGCAGAAACAGUGCUCAGAGAAGAAGGAGAAAAAGGAGAAGAAAGCGGACGACAAAAAGGAGGACAAAAAUGAUGACAAAGACGAAGGCGGAGACGAUAAGGAAGAGAAGUUAGACGACAGUGAGAUUGGGAACGAAACGGCGGCCACAACUGGUGCCGCGUCUGAAGAAUCGACGACAACAACGGAAACCACAACAUCGGCGACGAGUGACGAGACGACAACCACACCAUCGGAAUAG